GUGUUACCAGAUGUGGCAGAAGAUACAGUCUCUCCAACUAGAGCUCGGACCAUGAAGGACUAUGAAAACCAAAUCACUGAUCUGAAAAAAGAGAACUUCAACCUGAAGCUUCGUAUAUACUUCCUGGAGGAGAGAAUGCAGCAGAAGUUUGAUGGUGCCACUGAAGAAAUAUACAAAAUCAACAUUGAGCUGAAAGUUGAGAUAGAAAGUCUGAAGCGUGAUCUGCAGGAGAGGGAGAAACUGCUCAUCAAAGCCUCUAAGGCAGUUGAGAGCUUGGCCCAGGGUGGUGAUGCUGAAAGACAGCGUGUGAAAGAGGAGGCACAAAAGAAGAUGCAAGAAAUGGAAGAAAUGCUGACUAGCAGAAUAAACGUUCUGGAAGAGAAUCUUAAAGCUGCCCAAGAAGAUGUGGAAAAAGCCAUUGCAAUGACAGAGAAGGAGAAAGCUCUGAGAAUAGCUGCUGAGCAGAAACUUUCUUCAAUUAUGAAUGACCCUGCCAAGAACCGGGAUGUGAUUUCAGGAACUGAGAAAGACAGACUUAUAGAGCAACUGAAUCUGUCAUUGAAAAGUAAAGAAGCUGUAAUUCAACACCUUGAAGAGGAAAAGUCUCAGAGUGGAUCUUACGAUGGGAACUUAUCAGCAGAAAAAAUCAGAGAACUUACCAUUGCUUUGAGGCAUGAAAAAGAUAGUGAGAUAGAGGCUAUUAGAAUGGAGCUUAAAAAUGAGAGAAAUUCCUUUGAAAAAAAAAUUCAGUCACUUCAAGAAGAGCUACAAGAGAGAGAAAAUGAGCUUGCUGUUGAAAAGAAGAAUGGUUUGAAAAGGGAUAAAACCAUUCAAGGGCUAACUGUUGCAUUAAAAGCAAAGGAAAAAGAGAAUGAGGAGCUUAGUUCUGAAAUUGAAGAUCUGAAUGUUUCACUGGCUAAGGCAAGAGAGGCAACUCACAAAGCACACAUCCAGAAAUUCAAGGGUGCAGAGGAUUAUCAAGCUCUCUUGAUGGAAAAAGAGACUCUCUUAGCAGAGCUGCGUUCAGAAAACCUUACAAAGGAUGCGGAGAAUUGUAAACUACAAAGGAGGAUUAAAAGGACCGAUCAAGAGCUAAAUGAUUUGAAUUUGGAAAGAGAGAAAAUGGAGAAGGAGCUGGAUGAAGCACAGCUACAGAAGAGCAGAAGUGACAAAACCAUUAAUGACCUUAGAAAUCAGCUAGAGAAAUUACAUGGUGAAAUGGCUGAGAAAGAAAAAGCAGUGGAACAUCAUUACAAUAUUCUUUUGAGUGAAAGCAAUCAGAAGCUGCAGAGCCAAGAACUAGUUAUCAAGCGGCUAACAGACAGUGUCAAUCAGAAGGAUCUACAGCUUCAGAAACUUGAUGGAGCGGUUAAAGAAAAGGAUGCAGAAUUGCAAGAGCUCCUGAAUAAGUACAAGAACCUUCUAAAAGCCAAUGAAGAACUUGAACUGAAAAAUGAGGGCUUGGUAAAGGAAAAAUGUGCUGCACAGUCUCAACAGUCAAUCACCAAGAUAGUCAGAGAGUUAGAGGAAAAUAAAGAAGCUGAAUAUGAAAAGCUGAUUCUUGCUUUAAGAAAGGAACAAAGUAUUUAUUCCACACUAGUGAAGACCUUCAAAGAAUCGGAUAGUAUAAAUAGCUUGCAGACGGAACUAAACAACAUUUUCAUGUUGCGAAAACAACUAGAAGAGGACAUUUUAGCUAAUCGGAAUCUGCAGAAGGUCUUAGAAGAUCAGAUUAAGGACAUUAAAACCCGACAAGACGAAACACUAUCUUUCUGUGGAGAUCAAACAUCUUAUAUGAGUAUCUGUUUAGGGGACCAGGAUCAUUUAAGCCUACAGAUAGAUCAUCUGUCUCUUGAAGAACUUAAGAAAAAGGUUUCUGACCUUCUCUUGGUGGUUAAGGAACUGCAGUCAGUUAAUGAAGAUCUUAAGAAAAAACAGCUUGGGCUUUGUACAACAGAUUCACGAGGGAAGGAAGCAUUAAAAACAUUAGGCCACAGUGAGUGUCUUGAAAUAACAGAGGAGCCUGUGAUGCAGACUGAAGAUGGUGACAAUGACGGGAAGAUGCAGAACAGUCAGUCUUCCGAGAGGGUCAGUCAGGUAUGCCUUCAAGUAUCCUUGGAUUUUCCUUGUGAGGUGAAUAAGCAGGUGACUCCGUCGGGCUGUUCAGAGAGUUUCUGCAAAGACAGACGUUAUAGGAGUCCAAAUAUGCCUCAGUUUGAACAUGAUACAACUGGCAACCACUUUGGCAGAAUAGGAAUGAGUGAACAGGAAACAGCAGAGAACUUGCUCACAUCUCUCUUAAGAGAAAAUAGAACAUCUGUACUGGAAUCUACCAGACAAGAACAAAUGAAAAUUGUAAAUGAACUGAACACAACCGAGCAAGAAUGUUCAACUGAAGAUAUACAGAAAAAGGAUGAAAAAGAUCUUAGGCAAAUGAUUAUUCAACUAAAAGCUGAACUCAAACAUUUCAAGCAGGUCAAUAAAUUCUUAAAGCAGCAAGUAGAAUUGAAAUCAACUUUUGAUGGGAAAGAGAAGCUUUAUCCAGAUGCAAUGCCACAGAUUAAUAAGGAUAUUGAGUUGUUGAAAGUGGAAUUGAAAGAUGCAGCUACGCAAACAAUGACUUUAGAGAGUAAUGUCAUGAGAUUCAAACAUGAAGGCAAAAAAGAAGCCUCAGAAGAAAACCUAAAAUAUUCAAGAUUAAAUGCAGAAGGAGAACAUCAGCAAGAAAAUGUGUAUAGGAAAGGUGAACAGCAUGAAAGACGGGUUUGUACAAGGAGAAUAAAUGAA